ACGUCUUUUCUUGGUUUCCCAUUGAUCCUCUCUGGUCUUCCUGGAUGUUUGAGGCGGAUCACCGAACUCCUCUAUCACAUAUUCACAGGUGAACUAAUGCCUCUGCGCGCUUUCGGUGAUAUUCGAUAUAAAUGGUCAGUGGACCACUUAAAGCAUGUAGCUCGCUUGCUUGAUCUUCCUCCAAAUUACCCUGUCCAUCCAGCCUUCUACACAACCCCACCCUAUUUGGUAGCCACACCACAAAUACUUUAUCGACAACUACAGCCCGGCCGUGAUGCUUGCUUAAUUUUGGCUACUGAUGGCCUCUGGGAUAUGGUGUCACCUCGUGAGGCUGUGACUGUAGUAGCGCGACACUGGCAUGAUUAUCACGGCGUAAGUGUCUCACUAAUUUUGACUUUUACGUUUCACGAUAUUUGUGCAAACUUAUGUAUACAUAUUCCUUUCUUCCUUAAAUACUAUAAAAAUCACCUUUAA